AUGGCUAAUGGGAUCGCGUCCCUGGUCCUGCAGUUGAUGGCCGCCUCCCUCGCGCUGUGCAGCCUGGGCCAUGUGUACACAUCCAUAGGGGACUACCCCAAUGCUCUGGCCAGCCACAAACAGUGUGUCCUGCUCGCCAAGCAAUCAAAGGACCAGCUGUCCGAGGCCCGCGAGCUGGGCAACAUGGGCGCCGUCUACAUCGCCAUGGGCGACUUCGAGAACGCCGUGCAGUGCCACGAGCAGCACCUGGGCAUCGCCAAGACGCUGGAGAACAAGCGCGAGGAGUCGCGCGCCUACAGCAACCUGGGCAGCGCCUACCACUACCACCGCAACUUCGACAAGGCCAUGUCCUACCACACGCACGUGCUGGAGCUGGCCAAGGAGCUGGAGGAGAAGGCCAUCGAGAUGCGGGCGUACGCCGGCCUGGGCCACGCCGCCCGCUGCAUGCAGGACCUGGAGAGGGCUAAGCAGUACCACCAGCAGCAGCUGGUCAUCGCCGAGGAGCUGAAGGACCGCGCCGCAGAGGGCCGAGCCUCCUCAAACCUCGGUAUCAUCCACCAGAUGAAGGGGGAGUACGAGACGGCGCUGAAGCUCCACAAGACUCACCUGUCCAUCGCACAGGAGCUCAGCGACUACGCCGCCCAGGGCCGCUCCUACGGCAACAUGGGCAACGCCUACAACGCCCUGGGCUCGUUCGACCAGGCCGUGCGCUACCACCGUCAGGAGCUCCAGAUCUCCAUGGAGGUGAACGACCGGGCCUCGCAGGCCUCCACGCACGGCAACCUGGCCGUGGCCUACCAGGCGCUGGGCGCCCACGACCGGGCACUGCAGCACUACCAGAACCACCUCAACAUCGCCCGCGAGCUCCGCGACGUCCAGAGCGAGGCGCGGGCGCUGGGCAACCUGGGCAACUUCCACUGCUCGCGCGGCGAGUUCGCCCAGGCCGUGCCCUACUACGAGCAGUACCUGCGCCUCUCGCCCGACCUCCAGGACAUGGAGAGCGAGGGCAAGGUGUGCCACAACCUGGGCUACGCCCACUACUGCCUGGGGAGCUUCCGCGAUGCGGUCAAGUACUACGAACAAGACCUGGCGCUGGCCAAGGACCUCCACGACAAGCUGAGCCAGGCCAAGGCCUACUGCAACCUGGGCCUGGCAUUCAAGGCGCUCGGCGACUUCGCCAAGGCCGAGGAAUGCCAGAAGUACCUGCUCUCGCUGGCCCAGUCGCUGGACAACGCGCAGGCGCGCUUCCGCGCCCUGGGUAACCUCGGAGACAUCGCCAUCUGUAAGAAAGACAUGGCGGCCGCCGUGCAGUUUUACGAGCAACAGCUGUCACUCGCCCUCCAGGUGAAGGAGCGGCGUAUGGAGGCGUCGGCCUACGCCGCCCUGGGCUCUGCCUACCGGCUGGCGCAGAAGUACGAGGAGGCGCUGGGCUACCACGCCAAGGAGCUGGAGGUGUGCCAGGCCCUGGGCGACGCCCCGGCCGAGUGCAAGGCCCACGGGCGCCUGGCGGCCGUCUACAUGGCGCUGGGUCAGUACGCCGCCGCCUACCAGCGCUACGAGCAGCAGCUGGAGCUCAGCCAGCGGCUACGCGACCCCGGCGCCGAGGCGCAGGUCUACGGCAACAUGGGCAUCACCAAGAUGAACGUGGGCGCCAUGGAGGAGGCCAUCGGCUACCUAGAGCAGCAGCUGGCCACGCUGCAGCAGCUGAGCGGCGGCGCCGAGGUCAUGCUGGACCGCGGCCGCGCCUUCGGGAACCUGGGCGACUGCUACGAGGUGCUGGGCGACUACGAGGAGGCGGUCAAGUACUACGAGCGCUACCUGGCAGUGGCCCAGAGCCUGGGCCGAACGCAGGACCAGGAGAAGGCCUACCGGGGCCUAGGGAAUGGACACAGGGCGAUGGGCAACCUGCAGCAGGCGCUGGUCUGCUUCGAGAAGCGCCUGGUGGUGGCGCACGAGCUGGGCGAAUGCCAGGGCAAGGCGGCGGCGUACGGCGAGCUGGGCGCCCUCCACAGCCAGCUGGGCAACCACGAGCAGGCGCUCUCCUGCCUGGAGCGCCAGCUGGCCCUGGCCCAGGAGACGCGGGACCGGGCGCUGGAGGCCGACGCCAACGCCGGCCUGGGCGCCCUCUACCAGGCCAUGGGCGAGCACGAGACGGCGCUGCGGUGCCACCAGCGCGACCUGGAGAUCGCCGAGGAGACGGCCAGUGCCGAGCGGCAGGGCCGCGCCUACGGCAACCUGGGGCUCACCUAUGAGGCGCUGGGCAACUACGAGCGCGCCGUGGUCUACCAGGAGCAGCACCUGAGCGUGGCGGCGCAGACCAAUGACCUGGCCGCCAAGACGCUGGCCUACGGCAGCCUGGGGAGGACACACCACGCGCUGCACAAUUACUCGCAGGCGGUCAUGUACCUGCAGGAAGGUCUGAGGUUGUCUGAGCAGCUGGGUAGGCGUGAGGAAGAGGCGAAGAUCCGGCAUCGUCUGGGGCUCUCGCUGUGGGCCAGCGGCAACCUGGAAGAGGCCCAGCACCAGCUCUACCGGGCAUCAGUGCUGUUUGAGGCGAUUCGUCACGAGGCUCAGCACAGCUCCGACUACAAGCUGUCCCUCUUCGACCUGCAGACGUCCUCCUAUCAGGCUCUCCAAAGGGUGCUCGUCAGCCUCGGUCACCAUGACGAGGCGCUGGCGGUGGCGGAGCGCGGGCGCACGCGAGCCUUCGCCGACCUGCUGGUGGAGCGUCAGACGGGUCAGCAGGACGCGGACGCCUACAGCCCGGCCACGGUGGAGCAGAUCUUGGACGCGGUCAACAAGCAGCGUGCCCUGGUGCUCUACUUCUCGCUCGCCGCCGGAUACCUGUACAGCUGGCUGCUGGCGCCCGGAGCUGGCAUCCUGAAGUUCCAUGAGGUCUAUCUGGGCGAGGGGGUGUCGGAGGGGGACCCUGAGUUCCAGGAGGGGGCCGGGGGAGGAGGAGGAGGAGGAGGAGGUGGUGCGGGCGCGGCCGGGGGCUCCUCCCUGGAGCAGUACAUCUCCAGCGCCCGCGAGGCCCUCGGCGUGGAGUCCUACUACAGCAGAGGCUGUUCUGGCAGUGAGACGGAGAGUGAGGCAGGGGAUCUGUUGGAUCAGCAGUUUGAGGAGCUCAACAACAAGCUGAACACGGGCUUCCUCCGCAUGGUGUCCAGGAACAACCUCUUCAACAGGAGCUGCCAGAGCAUGACCAGUCUCUUCAGUAACCCCAUGUCUCCGGUGAAGGACGGCACGUCCUCUCUGUCUCACCGGCCGAGCUCCCUCAACAAGCCGCCGCUCCGCACGCUCUACGACCUGCUCAUCGCGCCCAUGGAGGGGGGCCUGAUGCACUCCAGUGGGCCUGUGGGGCGCCACCGUCAGCUGGUGCUGGUGCUGGAGGGUGAACUCUACCUGAUCCCGUUCGCCCUGCUCAAGGGCAGCUCGUCCAACGAGUACCUGUACGAGCGCUUCAGCCUCAUUGCCGUGCCCUCCAUACGCUCCCUGGGCGCCGUCUCCAAGGCCAACGCCCGGCGCAUGGUGUCCUGUGGGGGUGGCGUUGGCACGGCGGCGGUGGUGGGCAACCCUCGGCUGCCGUCGUCGGCCAUGGACCGCUGGCUGUGGGGGCCCAUGCCCUCGGCCGAGGAGGAGGCGGCCAUGGUGGCCGAGCUGCUGGGCUGCCAGCCGCUGUGCGGCGCCGGCGCCACCAAGGAGCGCGUGAUGGCCGCCCUAAGCCAGGCUGAGUGCGCCCACUUCGCCACGCACGUCUCCUGGAAGCUGGCCGCCCUGGUGCUGGCGCCCAACCAGGAGGGCCCCGGGGCAGUCGGAGGGGCCAGCGGAGCUGACCGAGGAGGAGGAGGAGGAGGAGGAGGAGGAGGAGGAGGAGGUGGUGGUGGAAGUGGAGGAGGUGUUGGUGGGAGGAAAGGGUCGUUUGGGAGCGGAGGUUACAACAUGGGCGAUGACGGGAGCGAUGUGGAGAGUAUAUGCGACAGCCCGUCGCUACAGGAGUUCCUACUCACGGCGGCCGACAUACUGGACAUGCGGCUGCCGGUCAAGCUGGUGGUGCUGGGCUCGUACCAGGAGUCCAGCAGCAAGGUGACGGCGGAUGGAGUGGUGGGCCUGACGCGGGCCUUCCUGGCAGCGGGCGCUCAGUGUGUGCUGGUGUCGCUGUGGCCGGUGCCCGUGGCCGCCUCUAAGGUGUUCGUGCACGCCUUCUACUCGGCGCUGCUCAACGGCUCCAAGGCCAGCGCCGCGCUAACCGACGCCAUGAAGACGGUGCAGAGCAGCAAGCAGUUCUCACACCCCUCCAACUGGGCAGGCUUCAUGCUGAUUGGCAGUGAUGUGAAGUUGAACAGCCCUUCGUCUCUGAUUGGCCAGGCCCUGGCUGAAAUCCUGCAGUACCCAGAGAGGGCCAGAGAUGCUCUGCGUGUGCUGCUGCACCUGGUGGAGAAGUCCCUGCAGCGCAUCCAGAAUGGCCAGAAGAACUCCAUGUACACGUCUCAGCAGAGUGUGGAGAACAAGGUGGGCGGCGUGCCGGGCUGGCAGGCCCUGCUGUCGGCCGUGGGCUUCCGCCUGGACCAGGCCGCCACCGGCAUCCCCGCCGCCGUCUUCUUUCCCACGGCUGACCCCGGAGACCGGCUCCAGCAGUGCAGCGCCACCCUGCAGUCCCUACUGGGUCUUCCACCCCCUGCACUCCAGGCCCUGUGUAAACUCAUAUCUGCCUCCGAGGCAGGGGAGCAGCUCAUCAGCCGGGCUGUUAAAAAUAUGGUGGGAAUGCUCCACCAGGUGCUGGUCCAGCUGCAGUCGGGGGAGAAGGAGCAGGACUUCUCCCUGAUGCCCAUCCAGGUGUCCAUCAGCGUCCAGCUCUGGAGGCUGCCCGGGUGCCACGAGUUUCUGGCCGCCCUGGGAUUUGACCUGUGUGAGGUGGGUCAAGAAGAGGUCAUCCUGAAAACUGGCAAACAGGCCAACCGUCGCACCAUGCACUUUGCUCUGCAAUCCCUGUUGGCACUGUUUGACUCCACAGAGCUGCCCAAGCGUCUCAGCCUGGACAGCUCCUCCUCACUGGAGUCUCUGGCCUCUGCCCAGUCUGUGUCCAACCCACUGCCCCUGGGCUACCCCACUUUGCCCUUCUCCCCUACCUGCCCCGACAGCAUGGCCUCGGACGCCAUCUCCGUCUACAGCCUCAGCUCCAUCGCCUCGUCCAUGAGCUUCGCCUCCAAGUCCGAGAGCGACUUCCUGAGCCAGCGGGGGCGCGGCGGAAUGGGCGGACACCUGUCGUCCCACAAGCACCCGCACGGGGUCGCCCGAAGCCGCUCGUCCCCCCAGGGCACGGUGGUGGCCGGCGGGGCGGGCGGUCGCGGGGAUGACGAGGAGUACGAGGGCUUCUCCAUCAUCAGCAGCGAGCCCCUGGGCAGCCACUGUGACUCCCUCCCGCUGCCCCCAGGACAUGGCCAGAGGCACCGCAUGCUACGGGGACGAGGGGCAGGGGUGGGUUCGGGAUCGGGAGCCGGACCGGGGGCAGGGUACAGUGCGUCCGUCUCUUCCAAGGGAAGCGUCAGCACCCCUACGUCCCCUCUAAAGGCCAGCCUGGUGCCCAGCCCCAACUCGCCCUUUCAGAAGGUAGCCAAGGUGAACAACUCGGACACGGGCGAGUCGGACCAGUCCAGCACCGAGACGGACAGCACCGUCAAGUCGCAGGAGGACAAGAGCGGCGGGUCGGCGCCUCUGGACCCGCAGGAGCUGGCGCAGAAGAUUCUGGAAGAGACCCAGAGUCACCUACGCGCCGUCGGGAGCCUGCAGCGGGGUGUCGCCGAGGGCAUGGCGGCCCCGGUGUCCAGCUCCACGCCGACGAAGGGCACGGCGUCCGCCACGGCCUUCCGCUCCUCGGAGACGAGCGCGUUCAGCCGCCCGAGCAGCCGCGCCAGCCUGCGUGAGCGGCCCAAGCCACCCUCGCGCUCCUCCUCGCUGCAGAAGAUCAGCUCGGGCUACAGCAGCCCAGCCAACUCGGACUCCUCGCUCAAGGAGACCGGCCACCCGUCCCCGACGCUGGACAGCCUGGCCCAGUUCAAGCUCAAGUACCCCAGCUCGCCGUACAGCGGCCACAUCUCCCGCUCGCCCAGCAACGUCUCCCCGAGCUCCGGGCACCAGUCCCCCGCCGGCAGCGCCCCUUCCCCCGCCCUCUCCUACUCCUCCACGGGCUCCACCUCCAGCCACGCCGAGGCCCCGGACCUGGACCGCCUGAGGAGGACCGUCAUCGACGAGAAGGUCCAGGCCGUCCACAACCUGAAGACCUUCUGGGCGAACGCGGCUGCCCAGCAGCAGCAUUCCGGUCCGGUGAGGGCGAUCCGGGGCAUCCCCGGCACGGGCAAGGGCACUGGCCCAGCAAGCGAGAAGGACGUGCUGGGCCUGUUGAACCUGUCGCCACGCCGCUGCUCGCCCGGUGAUGGCCAGGACAGCAUCGAGCUGUCCAAGCUCGGGAGCCAGACUCUAGACAAGAGCUCCGGCAGGCCUGCCAAUGGCCACAAUGGCACUGACACCCACAAAACUGCCCCCUCGCCGACCAUAUCCACCCGGAGCAGCCCCGGCGGUCGUCCCAUCCGACUACCCUCUAGCAACGGCUACAAGUUCCUCUCCCCCGGCAGGUUCUUCCCAUCGUCAAAAUGUUGAGACAGUUGUGUAAGAUUUGUGCUAGUUAUACCACUCAUUCAUGACUGGUUUGAAAAAGAAAACAAAACAACGAAAAGAUAUCAAAGCUGGGCACUUAAGAGGCCUUAGCUGACCCUAAUGACUUGAUUAACCACAGAAAAAGAAGAAGGCAGCCAGUGAGAGCAAUGCUCUCUAGACUGUAAACUGCCGAGGCAGUGUUGUCCUUGUGCCCCCAGUAACCACUGUAAAGAAAAACAGAAGACCCAAUACUGUGCGUGCAGGAACAUUUACUGUUUUUUUGUGGGCCAAAUCAUUACAGCUCAGACUGGUGUAAUUUCCUUUAUUUUUAUUUUAAUAUAUAAUUAUUGUUAUUAUUAUUGUUGUUGUUUGUUAUUGUUAUUAUUAAUAUUAUAAUUAUUAUGUUUUGUAAAUUAAACCAAGUGUUUCACAAUCAGUAUUAUACAUUUUGAUAUUAUUAAACAGAAAAAAAAACUGCACCAUGUGAAUAUGGUUGAAAUGGUUAAAAAAAGAUUUCAUAUUUUUUAAUUGAAAUUAAACCAUGGCAUUUGGCCUGAUCUCUUUGUGAAUUGAAUGUCCACUCCGCAGCAUGGAUCCUCUUGCUCUUUAAUGUUAAAUAAGUACCAUGUAUGGGUUUUUAGCUCACCGUCUUUUUUGGAAAGAAAGCAGACAUGGAGAACCAAGACAUAUCUUUGUCCUU